CUAGACGCUAUCGUAAUCGUCUCACUGCCACUGCAUCCUAAACUGACCAGCCUUCAGGACAAGGAUCUUAGGAGGACCAAACCGUGCAGAAAUUUGAAAUGGAGAUUGCUGUCUUACACUCCAAAUCUGGCAAAUGUUUGGCAACUAUCACAAAUGUGACACCAAAAUCAACAAUAUUAGAUGUCAAAAAAGAAUAUCAGAAAAAGAGUCCAAAGUAUUACACAACAAGACAAGCAUUCAAGGUUGAUCCCAAGGGGAAGUUAUUGAAAGAUGAAGAGACUCUGGGUAACUUAGGAUUGACAGGAAAGAAAGGCACAUUGUACUUCAAAGAUCUUGGUCCCCAAAUUGGAUGGAGCACAGUGUUCCUGUGUGAGUAUGCUGGUCCUCUGGUUGUAUACCUGAUCUUUUAUACCAGACCUGCCAUUAUAUAUGGAGCAGCUGCAGCAUCAGAACCAAGGACACAGGUUGUCAAUAUAGCAUGUGCAUGUUUUUCAUUCCACUACAUCAAGAGGCUCCUAGAAACAGUAUUCAUUCACAGGUUUUCAAAUGCCACCAUGCCUAUUAUGAAUUUAUUCAAGAAUUGCUCAUACUACUGGGGAUUUGCAGCUUUGAUCUCUUACUUCAUCAACCAUCCAUUGUAUACCGUACCAUCAUUUGGAAAUAGGCAGAUUUAUGCUGGACUUGCUGGAUUUAUUAUUGGAGAGUUGGGAAACUUCUCUGUCCAUGUAGCAUUCAGAAAUAUGAGACCAGCUGGAACAAAGACCAGAAAGAUCCCUGUUCCAGACAGUAACCCCAUGACCCAGUUGUUUAACCUUGUGUCCUGUCCUAAUUACACAUAUGAGACCAUUGCCUGGCUCAGUUUUAGUGUAAUGACACAAUGUCUACCAGCUGUGUUGUUUACAACAUGUGGAUUUUAUCAGAUGGCUGUAUGGGCUCUAGGGAAGCAUAGAAAUUACAAGAAAGAGUUUAAAGAUUAUCCUCGUUCUAGAAAGAGCAUUAUUCCGUUCCUUCUCUGAAAGAUUUAAAGGCAAUUUACUUAAAAGUUAACAUUUUACAAAUUCUCUGUUUUAAAGGUUCUUUUGAUAUUUGAUAAUUUUAAUGCAUGUUAUAUUUCAUUUUAAUGGAAAUUAAAUUUUCUACCUUUGUAGUUUUAUCCUAAUUUAUAAUUUUAUACAA